CGCUGCCAUAGUUGCAACAAUCGGCAAUGGGGCGCCUCACCAUUGUCGUCGCGCUCGUCGCGGUGCUAGUCGGCUACUUGAUUGGCACCUCGCCCGCUGGUGUCACACCUCCCACGACGCCGCCGGGCAGUCCCACGGCACUGCUCCCGCCGUGGCCCAUAUUCCGCGUCGCCAUCGCGCUGAACGAGUUCUUCGAGGCGGCAGCCGUGGCCACGCGCCCGCCGCCGGUCCAGGUGAAGACCCUCGCGACCGCGUACUGGCAGUCAGAGAUUUCGUACUCGCUCACCAAGAGUGGUGCCAUCGACGAGGUCGGUGCGGAGGGCGGCGUCGCCUGCGAGGACGUGGCUGCGAAGCUCAAGCUCGUCCCGGACUUUCUCUGCCGGAUGAUGCGCGCGGGCACGUUGUCUGUGUCUUCUCGGUCCUGUCCACGCCGUUGACGCGCGGCCGACAAUCACUCGUCGGGGUCCACACAGGCGAGGGCAUCAAGCUCCUGAGCACGGACGCGCAGGGCAAGUACUCGCUCACGCCCGCGGGCGACAUGCUGCGCUCGGAGCAUCCCGGGAGCCUCCGCUCAUUUAUGUUGAUGAUCAACGAGGAGACCACGAAGGCGUGGAGGGCGGCCGGCACGAAGAGCCUCUCGUCGGGCCAAUCAGGCUUCAAGGAGGCCUUCGGCAAGGAGUGGUGGGCGUGGCACAACGAGCCGAGCCGCGCGACGCAGAUGCGCCAAUUCGACGCCGCCAUGCGCAGCCUGAACGCCGACGUCUCCGGAGCGCUCCUCGUCGACUGGGCGCCACCCAAGGAGGACGCCCUUGUCUGCGACAUCGGCGGCGGCGCCGGCCACAUGACGGCCGCGAUGGUGAAGCACUACCCGAAGCUCAAAGGGAUCGUCUUCGACCAGCCUAAGGUCGUCGCGAGCAGCACAAAGGAGGUGCUCGCGGAACUAGGGGUCUCCGACCGCGUGUCGACGGUCGGCGGCAGCUUCCUCGAGCCGCUGCCCGCCGCGCUGUCCAGCUGCGACGCCUUCUACCUCAAGUUCAUCCUCCACGACUGGGCCGACGAGGAGUGCGUCUCGAUCCUCUCGGCGAUCAAGGCGGUGGCCAAGGAGGGCUCUCGGAUCGUCACGACCGACUUCAUCCUCGGCGUCGACGGCGCCAACAUGGAGAUGUCGAAGCGCAUGAUGGACAUCAACAUGAUGGCCGCCAACCCGCCGGGAGCGGGCGAGCGCACCUGGGAGGAGUACGCAGCGCUCUUCGCCCGGGCGGGCUUCGCGAAGCCCUCUCAGCUCGUCAAGAUGCGCGACCUCGUCUCGACGGUCGUCACAGAGGUCUGA